GUUCACCCCUCCAUAACCCCAGGAUUUUUUUUUUUUCUUUUAUAUAUCCUUCUUUCCUAAUAAAGAGAUCAUUAACGACCACUUCUCAGAAAAUCUAAAUCCCCCACUACAGAACUUCAAGAUGGCUUCUAACCCCCCCGGGCCUUGCUGCGCCACUGGCUUCAAGCAUGAAGGCAACCCAGUUGGCGAAAUCAAGAACGUUAAUGGCAUCGACACCUAUGUCGUCUACCCCAAGGACAAGAACACCGAGAAGGCUGUCAUCAUCCUGAGCGACAUCUUCGGUAUCUACGUCAAUGCCCAGCUCAUCGCUGACGAAUUCGCCGCAAAUGGGUACCUCUGUGUCCUCCCAGAUCUCUUCCAAGGAGACGCCAUUAGUCUCAGUGAUAAGGAAUCUGGAAAGGCCGAUCUCCAAGCAUGGUUCCCCAGCCACCAGCCUACCCACGUCGAUCCCGUCGUUGAGGCUACCAUCAAAUACGUCCGCGAGGAAUUAGGCGCUAAGCGUGUCGCUGGUGCCGGAUACUGCUUCGGUGCCAAGUAUGUCUGCCGCCACAUGAAGGAUGGAAAGCUCGACGUUGGUUACAACGCCCACCCCUCCUUCGUCACUCACGAGGAGCUCGGUGCCAUUACCGGACCUCUGUCCAUUGCUGCUUCUGAAAUCGACUCCAUCUUCACUACCCAGCUCCGCCACGAGUCCGAGGAGACUUUGAAGAAGACCGGCCAACCCUGGCAGAUCAACCUGUUCAGCGGUGUUUCCCAUGGUUUCGCUGUCCGUGCAGAUCUCAGCAACAAGCAUUUCAAGUUCGCCAAGGAACAGGCCUUCUGCCAGGCUGUCAACUGGUUCAGACAGUACCUAUGAGAAAAAGAUUAGCACGUAUUAUUAGUUAUUAGCUUUCUAAUGGAUAUGAAGAAUGUCAUGA